UGUUUCUCGGGAUGUAUUUUGGCGUCGUGUCUUAUGAAAGCGUGACAUUUGACAGCCAGAAAGGUUUAGUUGUAUUGAAGGGUAUUUAAACCAUGAAGUAUUGAAUGAAAGAAGUACUUAUCUAUGAUGUUAUAACAACAGGUCCGACAGACUGCAGAGUGGUUCCACUAUGUUCCGGAAAAGACUUGGACUUAUGAGGGAGAGGCGUGAGAGAUGAGUUUUAAUAUGUCUGUUGGAGCUUCUCGGACAUUAAACAGGAUGAUCUGGGGAAGGUACUUACUCACUGCUGGACUCCAGUGCUGCAGAUGUAGAGUGAGAUGGCAUGUGCAAAGACAUUACAGCUUUCUCCCAGACGAUGUCAAAUCACUGAGGUCUGUGGUCAACCCUGAUAUAUCCAAGAUCAGAAAUAUCGGCAUCAUGGCGCACAUCGAUGCAGGAAAGACAACAACCACAGAGAGAAUGCUUUACUACUCUGGUUACACCAGAUCACUAGGAGAUGUGGACGAUGGAGACACAGUCACAGAUUUCAUGGCUCAAGAGAGGGAGCGUGGAAUCACUAUACAGUCUGCAGCUGUCACAUUCGACUGGAAAAGUCAUAGAAUAAACCUUAUAGACACACCAGGACAUGUCGACUUCACACUGGAGGUGGAGCGAGCACUUCGUGUUCUUGAUGGCGCUGUUGCAGUGUUUGAUGCGUCUGCUGGUGUCGAGGCUCAGACUCUGACUGUGUGGAGACAAGCACAGAAGCAUCAUGUCCCCUGUGUGUGUUUCCUGAAUAAGAUGGAUAAGCCCACAGCAAACCUAAGUUUUUCUAUCGAGAGCAUAAAGCAGAAGCUGAAAGCCAAUCCAAUCCUACUUCAGGUUCCUGUUGGCAGUGGUAAAGCCUUCUCCGGUGUGGUGGACUUGUUAACCAACCAGAAGCUAACAUGGAAGCAAAGAGCCAUGGACGAUGAUGGACGAAUGUUCGAAAGCAAACCUCUCAGCCCGUCAGUGGAGCCAGAACUCUCGCAGGAGGUCAAUGAAGCCAGGACAGCUUUAAUUGAGCAGGUUGCUGAUUUGGACGAUGAGUUUGCUGAGCUGCUCCUGACUGACUUUGGUGACAACUUUGAUGAUGUCCCAGCCAUCAAACUACAGGAAGCUGUGCGGCGGGUGACUCUGGCGCGUAAAGGAGUCCCAGUUCUCUGUGGGAGCUCUUUGAAAAACAAAGGUGUUCAGCCUCUUCUGGAUGCCAUCAACUCGUACCUGCCUGCACCCGACGAACGACACCAUGACCUGGUGCGCUGGUACAAGGAUGACUUGUGUGCUCUGGCCUUCAAGGUCCUCCACGACAAGCAGCGUGGUCCUCUGGUGUUUCUGAGGAUCUACUCUGGCACUCUGAAAUCACAGACUGCUGUCCACAACAUCAACCGGAACAGCGUUGAGCGGAUGAGCAGGCUGCUGGUGCCGUUUGCUGAUCAACAUGUAGAAAUCCCCUCGAUGACGGCCGGAAACAUCGCUUUGACUGUAGGACUGAAGCAGACAGUCACAGGGGACACCAUUGUUUCCUCAAAGGCGUCUGCAGCAGCUGCAGCCCGCCGAGCCCAGAACGACGGAGAGGCGGCAAAGAAACGUGGCGAACAAGUCAGUGUGAUCCUCUCAGGGGUGGAGGUCCCUGAUCCCGUUUUCUUCUGCACCAUAGAGCCUCCCACCAUGGCCAAACAGGCAGAUCUUGAGAACGCCCUAAACUGCCUCCAGAGAGAAGACCCCAGCCUCAAAGUGAGAGUCGACCCCGACUCUGGUCAGACUAUUCUAUGUGGGAUGGGGGAGCUGCACAUCGAGAUCAUUCAUGAUCGGAUCAGGAGAGAGUAUGGCAUUGAGACUCACCUUGGACCACUGCAGGUGGCCUACAGGGAAACUAUUCUCCAUGAGGUCUCAACAACAGAUACGCUGGACCGUACUGUUGGAGAGAGACGACAUGUCGUGACCGUGGAGCUGACUGUCACACCUGAGGAAAUUACUUCUAUGGGUGGGUUGUGUGAGAUCGCUUUCACAGAGGAACUGAAAGAACAGCUGUCUCCAGAAAUUAAAGAAGCAACAGAGAAUGGAGUGAACAGCUCAUAUCUACAAGGUCCAUUGUUAGGUUAUCCUUUACUGGGUGUGUCCACACUUAUCCAAAGUGUCACCAUGGAACCAGGAACAUCUCCCGCCAUGGUGUCGGCCUGUUUGUCCCGCUGCAUGCUCAAGGCCCUGAAGCUUGCAGGAGGCCAGGUCCUGGAGCCGGUGAUGUCCCUGGAGGUGACAGUCGGGGAGGAGCAGCUCGGCACUGUGCUGGGGGACUUAGCUCAAAGACGAGGGACUGUCAGAGAUAUCCAGAGUCGAUAUGACAACAAGGUGCUGCUGGCGACUGUGCCACUGGCAGAAAUGAUGGGCUAUUCCACCGUCCUACGAACGCUGACAUCCGGCAAUGCCACUUUCUCCCUGGAGCUGGACACUUAUGAGACGAUGAACCCUCAGGACCAAAACACCCUCAUUAAACGGAUGGCUGGUCUGCUGUGAUUUCCUGUUCAACACUGAGCAACUAUUCAUCAACAAUUGGGCCAAUGGACUUUGAGACAGAAGCAUGGCAAACACCCAGACAUCUCCAAAACAUAUUUUGAAUAUCAGACUUGAGGACUCAAGGCUAGUCUGCUAUUUAUACUAUGAACAUCCACUGCAGGAAAUGUGGAAAAAUAAAUACUGUACCCUGUUUUUAGCUAGCUACAAAAUAAAUAUGUGGCUAAUUAUU